AUGGAGGAAAGCAAAGCCGCAAACAAUGAGAACGACAAGACCAGCUCAGAAGACCAAGAAGAAGCUGAAGAUCUAGAUCAAAAACAGAGCGAGACUGACGAAAUUGAUAAUAGAUCAAUUUUUGUAGGGAAUGUGGAUUUUAGCGCCAGCACUGAAGAACUUAGAGAUGUUUUUAAGGAAUGUGGAAACAUCGAAAGGGUCACGAUUCCUCUUGACAAAUGGACUCAUCAUCCUAAAGGAUAUGCAUAUAUCGAGUUUUCGGAUAGAAGCAGCGUUUUAAAAGCACAAAGUGUAAAUGAAAAAAGCUUCAAAGGAAGGAAGCUGAAAGUUUUGCCGAAAAGAACAAAUAUUCCUGGACAGUCUAGAUCUAGAUUUCCUAGGUCUAGGGCGAGGAUGAGAGGAGCUUAUGCCUAUGGAAGACCACGCUAUUCGAGGUUUAAGCCAUAUUAA